AUGGCGGAUACUUCGGGCAACGCGCUGAAGCGUCCUCACCCUGAGGAUGACGGCAGCAACUCUCAGAAAAGAACCCGCUCAAAUAAUGGGUCCCCAGCGCCAGGCCAAGGCAGUGCCCCUGCUGGCAAAGUCGAUAUUGAAAGGAUGGUGGCUGAGGCCAGAGCGAAGGCUGAAGCUGUGCGCGCACGUCUACAAGCUGCGCGCGGCGGUGCGACACCUCCCGUUCCCCCGGCAGAGUCGAGUCCUAGUCCUGCGCCACCAGCACCCAGUCCUGCGAUGUCAAGAUUAGAGCAGAUGAAGGCUAGAGUUGCAGCAGCUACGGCAAAGGCAAAUGCCCCUCCCCAAAGAUCCGAAGCCCCCGCACCUUACCAACAGCCUCAAUCCUUCGACGACGAGGGCCUUUCUAAGGCCCGUGGUGGUCUCGAUGUCGGCCUUCACCCCGCCCUGCUUUCUGAUGCUGCGCCUGAAUUUCGAGGAAGCAAGAGCCGCCAACAAUCUAAGGGCGGUCGAAUUCCUCGUGGCAAGCAACUCGAUCUAUCCGGGCCAUCUAUUGAAGAAAUCAAAAACAAUCCCUAUUUCGAUCCUAGCCUCGACCCGAAGGCAACCGUCGCAAAGCCACGUCAGUCUCGACAACUCAUUUUCAAUGAAAAGGGCAAAUAUGUGCAACAGGCGGCUGCUCUGCGCCGACAGGCACAAUUGGAGGAUAUGAAGAGACGGAUUGCAGAGCGAGCUCGUCAAGCGGGUAUCGAUGAAGACAUGGAGGUGGAGAAAUCAUAUCUUGUACAAGCUCCUCCGGCCGUAGAAUGGUGGGAUGAAGGCUUGAUUAAUGGCAGUGAUUAUGCUGCCAUUGAUGAUCCAGCAAAUCUCAAAAUCGACACCGCCGACAGUACGAUCACCCACUAUAUCCAACACCCAAUCCUCCUCGAGCCUCCUCAAGAGAAGAACGUCCCCGCUCAGAAGCCAAUGUACCUCACUCCAAAGGAACAAGCGAAGAUUCGUCGACAGCGCCGCAUGGCGGAUUUGAAAGAGCAACAAGCGAAGAUCCGACUGGGUCUUGAGCCAGCCCCAGCGCCCAAGGUCAAGAAAUCCAAUCUGAUGCGAGUGCUGGGAGAACAAGCAGUUAAAGAUCCAACAGCGGUGGAAGCUCGUGUGAACAAAGAAAUUGCGGACCGCAAGGAGCAGCACGAGAUCAUGAACCAAGAACGCAAGUUGACCCAAGAUCAACGCCGCGAGAAGUUAGAAUCUCAACAAGAAAAGGAUGCUGCCCUUGGCAUCCACAUAUCCGUUUACCGGAUUGACAGUCUUGCGAGCGGAAGGAAUCGUUUCAAGGUUAGCAAGAAUGCAGAGCAAAAUAAGUUGACUGGGAUUUGCGUCGUGCAUCCGAGGUUGAACCUCGUGAUUGUUGAGGGUGGAAAACACUCUGUUAACGCCUACCGCAAGCUGAUGCUCAACCGUAUUGAUUGGACCGAGAAUCCUGGCCCAACUACAUCGGACAACAACCGUGAAAGUCAGCCACUGUGGCUGUCUACGGAGGAUGAUAAAGGCGAACCACGGGACUUCAGCCACAACUCUUGCACCCUUCUUUGGGAGGGUCAGGCCAAGACCCGUGCAUUCAGGCGAUGGCUUGGUGCAAGAAUCUGUGAGUCGGAUAGCGCCGCUAAAGAAGCUUUGACUCGAUCAAAGAUGGAGAAUUUCUGGGCAUUGGCGAAGAGCCAUAAACCUGCCGAGUUCUGA